AUUUGUUGAAAGUACCCGAGCACCAUUCUCCUGAAUUGUUUCUGUUAGCUCAGUGCCUGUUGACCCAGGAGCCCGGCACUGUUUGCACUGCUCUCCCGCUGCGCCUUCGCCGAUGUUCCCUGCAGCAGCACGACGCAUCUGUGAGGAGGCGCGGGGACAGUUGACUUCGUCAUGUGCUCCAAGAAAGGAGUAACAAACACCACCACAAGGAGAGAAUGAAAAGCACACUGAGCAGACCCUCCCCACAGCCUCGAUCCUCCUUUGGCCGGUGUCCACCAGUGCUCGAGGAAUGGCCGAUUACGGAAUCUCCGCCGGCCAGCGGGUGGCUGUGAUCUGGGAUGCGUCAUCCCCCGAGGAAGCUCUGAAGUGUCUGGUGGAAAAGCUUCGAGCGCUGACCGGCAGUGAGGACCAUGUGUCUGUGGAAAACCUCAGCCAGCUGUUGCAGUCUGCCCACAAAGAAUCCAGCUUUGACGUGAUCUUGUCGGGCGUGGUUCCAGGAAGCACCACUCUGCACAGCCCUGAGGUUUUGGCUGAGAUGGCCCGGAUCCUUCGGCCUGGUGGUUGCCUUUUUCUGAAAGAGCCAAUAGAGACAGCCGCAGUUAACAAUAGCAAAGUAAAGACAGCAUCUAAACUGUGUUCGGCCCUGACUCUUUCUGGUCUUGUGGAAAUAAAAGAGCUGGACGGGGUCAGCCGGUGUAAGUGGCGGAGCCGGGGCUUGUCCCAUGGCUCGCGGUGGCAGCCCAGCGCUGUGGCUCGUAAGCGUCUCAGUAGAAAGCGCCCGGUGCUAUAUCCUGCUCUCACACGAAGCCCUGUCUCCCAAUUGACUACCCCAGGGAAGCCCGCCGUGGACCCUGCAGCUGCCAGGCUCUGGACGCUCUCCGCCAACGACAUGGACGACGACAGCACGGAUCUCAUUGACUCGGACGAGCUGCUGGAUCCAGAAGAUCUCAAGAAGCCAGAUCCAGCUUCCCUGCGGGCGGCUUCCUGCGGAGAAGCGGGCAAGAGGAAGGCGUGUAAGAACUGCACGUGUGGCCUUGCCGAAGAGCUGGAGAAGAAGUCAGAGGAGGAACAGAAGAGCUCCCAGCCCAAGUCCGCCUGUGGAAACUGCUACCUGGGCGAUGCGUUCCGCUGCGCCAGCUGCCCCUAUCUCGGGAUGCCAGCCUUCAAGCCUGGGGACAAGGUGCUUCUCACCAACAGCCACCUCCAAGACGCCUAGGAGACCCAGCGGGGACGCCGCUGCCGCCCCAGCCAAGCCCUGUCGCCCGUCGCUCCAGGUUUCCCCCUCUGCCCGAGCGACAGUGAUGGGGUGUGGUGUGGCUGCUAUGCAUCCACAGACCAGACGGCGGGGGUCCACUGACCCUGAGUGGGGCUCGCUCUUCACCCGAAGCCCCGGCGUGAUGCCACCGACCACACUAACCCCCUGUGUCACCAGCAGCGCCUGCCACCUGUGCUCUGGAGUCACUGGCUGGACGUGCAGGCAGUGGCUCAUGACCUCUCGGCGCUGAUGGACUAGCUUACGGGUUGCUGUGACUACCCGGCCUCCCUGCACCCUUCCCCUCCUGUGUGUCCAGAGCAUUGCACCUGUGUGCUGUAGCGCCAGGCAAUAAACGUCCAUGUGCAUA